AUGAAUAAUAAUACUUAAAGCUAAAAAAAUUUAGGGAGACCCUAACUUUAAUCAGCAGGCGGUAACUAGAGUAAAUCUAACAUUUCAAGAAUAUCAUCUCUUUACUAGAUCAAAAAUGCUAGGGAGAAAUAUACACAAAACUAAUCUAAAUUGGAAUCUAGACUAUUAGACAAUCAUAUUCAUGAACCUCAUGCCAAUCCUUGGAAAGCGAUAGGAAUAACUCCUCCUUACAAAUACGAUUUCAAUGACUCAGGAUUAGGCUUUAUAGUUAAAGAUAAAUACUAGAUAAAGCUCAAUGAAACAAGGGCUAAAGUAAAAGAAUAAAGAGAAAAGGAAGAUGUAAGAUUUUACCCAGAAUUCAAGAAUGUGAAAGAUAGAGAUGUAAUUGUAGUUAUUGAGUAUUGCAAUGAUUGCCAAAACCAUCAAGGAACAACUAAACAUGACGAAGAGCAAUAUAUCAGAUUGGCUAAUAAUUAUAAAAUUCUUAUUUUAAAACAUUUUCCUGUAGCAAAAGUAUUCUUAAAGCCUGUAAGAGUUGAUCAAAAUGCUAGUUCGAUAUAAAACAUAUAUUCAAGAUAAAGGAUAGGAGCUUUUGAAAUAUAUGUUAUGUCUAAAACUUAAGGAGAACCUAAAAAAGGUUGUAUACAUUCUAAAUUAAAAACAGGUAAGUGGCCUAGUUCAGCUCAAGUUUUGAAUUUACUUUGUUAAUACAUGAUUACUUGUACUGUUUCAAUUUAGCUUACUCUAUGCGAUUUUGACUUAGCCGAUAUUCCAGAAGAUGAACUUUUAACAAAGAAGAAUAAACUUCACGAAAUAUAAGUUAUAAUGCGCCCUUAUCGUGAAAAAUAGCAGUCUAUAGGCAGUCAUAAUAAUCUCACCUUGAAUACAAAUAACAUGAGUUAAACUAGGAUAAGCCGUCCUGUAAGUGGCAUCUCACGUAGAAGUGACUCAGAUUCAAAGUUCUUUUAAAACAAUACUUCUCUUUUCGGCGAAGACAUACCCAAAAAAAAUGAAUGCUUCCAAGGAAAAACAAAUAAACAUGGUUUAGUAAUUUUUGAGUAGAUUCCAAGUGAUGUGUAUAUUGUUGAAGUAAAGGAAACAAAUAAUUUCAAAAGUUUAAGAGAAACAAUUAAUAUAUUUGAACUAAUGCAGAAUUAAUAAGGAUUAGAUCUCCAUUUCGAAUUAUAACACUUUAAUUUAACAUUCCUAACAAUCACAGCCUCUUAUAAGUCUCUAAAGGACUAAAAAAUAGAUCAUCUAAAAAAUGCUUUAAUUAAAAUUUAUUAAUAUGAUGAAAAGGACUAAAUCAAUGUAGACCCAAUUGUUGAAGAGGGAUUUGAUGGGACAUUUUAAAUUUAACUCGAGCCAGGUCAAUACAUGAUUAAAAUUGAAAAAGAUGGUCAUCAAACUAUUGAAUAAUAAUAUUAUGCUUAACCAGGUUAGUAGACUUUAGAUUUCCCGCCAGUAACUAAAUACAUAGAUGAUGAACCUAAAAAAGAGCUAGAUAACAAAACAAGGUUUUAAAAUAGGCCAUCAAGCUCAGCAAGAAAAGGAAUUUUAAAAUCAUCUGAGUCAUAAUAGUCUAAGAUAAAUGGCAAAUAGUAAGAACCUAACCAAAGCGGAGAAGAAAGCUUGGUGAAUCAAAAUACUUCUCCUUAAGUAGCAAGUGUUAAAAUCCAAGAACAAUAAAAUAACAAUAAUACUAGAUUUUCAAAUGGUUCGUUGAAUAAUAAUUAAUCUGCUUCUGAAUCUCCAAAAUAAUCUUAAAAGUAACAUGCCAGACCUCCUAGCAGCAAUCCUGCUAAAAAAAGUUCAUAAGAGAACUCAAUUUAGCAAUAAUAGAUUUCAUCUCCUGAAAAGUUUAAUGACGAGCUUUCAUUCAAUAAAAUUGAAAAGCUAAAAUAAGCUGAUAAAGCUUAGCUUAAGCCACCUAAAAAGAGCAGUGAAAUAAAAUUAACAGGAUUUUGUAGCUAAAAUAUUAUAUAGUUUAGUGUAUUUACCCCAGAUAAUGAGAGUGUUUAAGAAAAUUCAGAUAACAUUAUAGUUUAAAAUGAAAUUAGCAAUUCUAAAAUAGGGUUGUGGAUUUAAGAAUCAAAGAAAUAUACCUCAGGAGUUUACAGAAUUUAUGCAAAGAUUUUGAACAAUAAAUUAUUUAACAGCAAUAACUUAAAGGUAUAUGCCUCAUCAUAAGCCAGUACGACUUUCCUCUAAAUACCUUCGAUCGAAAAUGCAGACCUUUCAUAAUAACUUUAUUGGGAUAUUGGUGUUUUUGAUGUUAAAUUAUAAAAGUUCUUUGAAAUCAAUAACUAUACAAACUAACCUAUUACAAGAGACUAUUUAUUAGAAUAAUUUGAAGGAUUAUUGAAUUAUUUAAGUGCUUCUCGUGGAGAGAUUAAAAAAAUUUUAGGGUUUGAUAACCAAGAUAAGCAGGUUUUCGAUGAUGAUGUUUAUGUUAAAAAAGAGUCUGUAUUGAAAAGCUUAGAAAAUUAUGAAUUUGAAGGUUCUUCUCAAAUAGGUCACUUCAUUUAAAGUGCUUCUAAUAACAAAGGAUACCUUUCAUUUAAAAAGUUAGAAUAAAAAUUGAUACAUAAAGAUAUAGAGCAAAAUUGCUAUAGAUUUGUGGAUUCUUCAUUUAAAGUUAAAUACGAUGAAGACGAAGAAGACGAAAAAUACUAAGAAGACUAUGAUGACAUUUGA